UCAGGGAAAAAGAAAUAGUGUGUUCAGAGAAUGUUACACAGGAAUCCAAAGGCACUGUAAGCUCACAAAACUGUGCCCUGCCAUGGGAUACACAUUUAGAGUGGCAGCACGCAAUGAUAUUGGGAAAAGCGAGUACAGCCAAGAGGUUGUGUACUACACAUCAGGCAAUAUCCCUCAGAUGCCCUCCACACCUAAAUUUAUUAGAGCUGGAAUUACGUGGAUAACGCUGCAUUGGAUGAGGCCAGAGGGAUGUUUCCCAGAAGAAGUAAUUUCAUACACGUUGGAGAUUCAGGAGGAUACCGACAGUGUAUUUCAACCUGCAUACACUGGAGAAGAAUUAACAUGUACUGUGAAUAAUCUCCAAAGAAGCACACAAUACAAAUUUAGGCUUAUUGCCUCCAAUGUUGAAGGAAGUAGCAGUCCA